UCCUACUCCAAUCAAUCACAACCAACGAAUUAGAAUCUAAUCACCCUGUCCCAUUAACCAAAUUAACAUCGAUCGAUCAUUAGUACAAACUAAUUAAUCAAUCAAUUAGUUAGAGAUCAAGUUAUUAGUGUCCAAGUAUAGCUUAGGAAGGUAAUGGGAAAGAGAGACACGCCGGCGAGGUCCUCCUAAGUUAGGACCUUGGACCGUCCCUCCUCCAUCCUCACGGCUAUACCAACUUUAUCCUCGCCCCCUCCCCACCACCCCUCUCUCCCCUCCCCUCUCAAACACCACCGCCACCGCCAUGGUCACGCCCUUCCCCUCCUCCUAGCACCACCUCUCCCCUUCCCGCGCUACGCGGGACGAGGACCAGGGAUGGCUCCCCCCACCGCCGUCUCCGCCUCCACCGCCGGCCUGAUCUGGUCCUUGUCGCCCUCGCUCUCGCUCGUCGUCACCACCUCGGUGGCGCUUCUGCUCGUGCUCGGCGGUGUGUCCGGGAUCCGCGUCAACGUCAUCCGGCUCCCGUCGGCGUCGCCGUUCCCGGCGUUCCGGGAGGCGCCGGCGUUCAGGAAUGGCGACGGGUGCCCGCCGGCGAGGGGGUCGGCGGCGGCGGAGGGGGGGCGGGUGGACGUGGCCAUGACGCUCGACGCCAACUACCUGAGGGGCACCAUGGCCGCCGUGUUCUCCAUCCUGCAGCACACGGCGUGCCCGGAGAGCGUCGCGUUCCACUUCCUCGCCGCGCGCUCCGACCCGGACGCCGGCGACCUCGCCGCCGCCAUCCGCGCCACCUUCCCCUACCUCGGCGCCGCCGUCAGCGUCUACCGCUUCGACCCGUCGCGCGUCCGCGGCCGCAUCUCCCGCUCGGUGCGCCGCGCGCUCGACCAGCCGCUCAACUACGCGCGCGUCUACCUCGCCGACACGCUCCCCGCCGGCGUGCGCCGCGUCCUCUACCUCGACUCCGACGUCGUCGUCGUCGACGACGUGCGGAAGCUCUGGUCGGUGGACCUCGCCGGGCACGUGGUGGCGGCGCCGGAGUACUGCCACGCCAACUUCACCAAGUACUUCACCGACGCGUUCUGGUCGGACGGCGAGCUCAGCGGCGCCGCGUUCCGACGCGGCCGCCGCCGGCCGCCGUGCUACUUCAACACCGGCGUGAUGGUGAUGGACAUGGGGCGGUGGCGCGACGGCGGGUACACGCGGCGGGUGGAGGAGUGGAUGGCGGUGCAGAAGCGGAGGCGGAUCUACCACCUCGGCUCGCUGCCGCCGUUCCUGCUGGUGCUCGCCGGCGACAUCAAGGCGGUGGAUCACCGGUGGAACCAGCACGGGCUCGGCGGCGACAACGCGGAGGGGAAAUGCCGGAGCCUGCACCCGGGCCCGGUCAGCCUCCUCCAUUGGAGUGGCAAGGGGAAGCCAUGGCUGCGCCUCGACUCGCGGAAGCCCUGCGCCGUCGACUACCUCUGGGCGCCGUACGACCUCUACAAGGCCGCCGUACCCGCGCUCGAGGAGUGAGCUAGCUAGCUAGCUCGCCGCCGGCGAGCCGAGGCGGCGGCGUGAUUGCAUUGCAUGCAUUCGAGGGCAGACAUACGAGAGAAGAGGAGAGAGGGAGAGGGAGAGGAGGUGUGUACACGUACGUACGCACGUGCGUGCGUGCAUGCAUGCAUGCAUGUGUCCAUACGUGCAAAACACAAAAGGGGCAAAAAAAAAAAAAGUUGUGACGUCAUGCAAAACGGCACAAAUAAGAUUAAUUAGGACUGGAAGUGGUGAAGAAAUACAUGCCAAGAGGAUCAAUGGAAGGAAGGCGCUCCGUCUCGUAGAAAAACUAAUCCUAAUUACGAAUCUAAAUACAUAUGUAUCUAGGUUUAUAACUAGGAUUGACUUUUUUUUACAGAGUAGUACAUAUGUGGAUGCAUGUGCCGAUCUCUUUUUCUUUCUUC